UUGCGUUGUUUGGCGACCCCCAUGAAAUGGUCGUUCGACCCCAAAUGGGGUCCCGACCCACAGGUUGAGAACCACUGGUUUAUAAUGUUCAUUUUCUGUAUGGAAACACUGCAUGCGUGUGAAUGGUAAAGUGCUUUCAUUUGAUUUACAUUAAUAUUAGACUCUCACCUCAGGGUUUUUGCAUCUUUUUAAUUUGCAAAAUAUUUGGAGUUUAUUUCUUUUUAAUUUUUCUUUUAAUUUCUGAAAUAUCCAGAAAAUACCUUUCCGGUUUCCUUCUGCUUCAGCUUCCUUGUUCCCUGGAUGAGCUUCAUAGAGCAAUAAUGUUUCAGAGUGCAGACAUGCAGUGGCUGAAAUCUGAGGAAAGAUCUUUUGGCAGCAUGCAGCUUUUAGUUGAAAGCUUUUUAAAAAAAGUUUGAUGAGAUGAUAAUGAUCAUGGAAAAUACUCGGAGGUAUGUAGCUUUGGAGGAAUCUGAUUUGAAAGCUGUAGAUCAAAGAGAUAUCAAUUCUACAGAUGGGGAAUUGAGUUGAUUCUGUACAUCUUUUGUGAAGUUCAAAUCUGCAUUUGUUUACAGUAGCAGAAGUCUUACAUGGAGAGGUGACAAACUGGUUUUUCUUAGGAGGAUGGAGGAGAUUCGGGAGUGGAUUUAUUACUUUUAAUUGCAAACCACUUUUAUCUGGACUUUGUUGUGGAGAUUGAGUGGAUUAUAUUUAAUUAGGCAACAACUGGUAAGAAAAAAGAAGAAACAAAUGUGGAUAUUUUGAUCCAGGAUGAAUUAUUCUUAACUUUUGGGAAGAUUUGGGAUAGAUAAGAUGCUGUGGUAAAUGUUCUACAAGUUGAUUACAAUAACAUUUUGUCAAUAGUUUUGAAACACUAAUCUUGUCCUUUUCGUUAUUAUUGUUCUCCCUGUUAACUAUUUUGUCUUUAAUAUAGUAUAUAAAUGACAGGUCAAUAGUUUGCAAAUAGAUUUAUUAGUUUUUAAAAAUUGGGGAGACCUGUUUCGCAAGGGGUGGGAUCUAAUAUUGUAGCAAUGUAUUAAUCAGUAUUCAAGCAGGGGGGUUAUAUGUGUAUAUGUGUUGGGGUUUUUUUUCUUUUCUUUUUUAAUGUAUUGUAUGGAUUGUCUUUGUUUUUAAUUUUUUUUAAAAUUUAAAUUGUUUUGAAUUUUAAAUUUUUUUGAAUAAAAUAAAAAUUGCUAAGAAGAAAAAUCUAAACUCUUCCCCUUUAUUUUCAACAGUACAGGCUCUAUCCACCUCGAACCACGAUGCCCACAAAUAAUCCUUUCACCUUAACCACUUCCUUCUAAACAUGAACCAAGCUUACACAGUAUGUGACCCAUCAGUUGCAGCACUCAUUUUUCGGCAUUGAAUCAUGGACACUGAAACUGUGCCCUCACAGGAAGCUUCCCUGACUGUUAAUGAACAGGUGAUUGUGAUGUCAGGACAUGAGACAAUUAGGGUGCUGGAAGUGGGAGUAGAUGCUCCAGUCUCAAUAAAAAAUGAAGGGAAAACACUGAAAGCAACAGAUGCAGCAGCUGGAGGAGAGGAUUCUGCAAACUGCCCUCCAGAAUCAAGUAAAACAGGACAGGAAAGGGCACAAGAAAGCCCAGAGAAGGCAUGCAGAGAGUCAAGCGGUGAAGUCAAGGCACUGCCUGAAGUAACACCUGUGCCUAUCCCAGGAAUUGUGCCAUUUAGCCAAGUGACAAGCCAACCAACACCAACUUUAACUCCUGUCACAGUGCAAGCAGCACCACAGGUCUUGACUCAGGAAAACUUAGCAACAGUUGUGACAGGCGUAAUGGUUCCGGCAGGGGCAGUUACUCAACCUCUUCUUAUCCCCAUCAGUAUUGCAGGUCAAGUGGCAAGUCAGCAGGGGCUGGCUGUGUGGACAUUUCCUGCAGCAACGGUGGCUGCCCUCCCAGGACUGACGGCUGCCUCUCCUACUGGGGGAAUUUUCAAAUCACCUAUAGCCAAUUUGCAAGCCACUGCAGUGCUGAACACAGCCGUACAAGCCCCUUUGCAGCCAGCCCAAGCUUUCCAGGCACAGCCAACGGCCCAGCCCCGGCCGUCCAUCCCAACACAGACUGUGUUCCAGCCACCAGCUCAGACAACCCUUUUGUCACAGCCGACCACAACAGCCACUCCACCUGCCGCCAAGCCACUGGAAACGCCGGCACAGAUCACAGUUCAACCGGCAGGAUUUGCAGGAAUAAUCAAUGCAGCUUCUCUUGGAGCCCCAACCCAGCUGCUUAGCUCACUAGCCGCCACAUCUGUCAUUACAAACACCAUUCCUACUGUGCAAGGAAUAACUGGACAAAUCUUGACUAAUGCUCAAGGACAAGUUAUUGGAACUGUUCCAUGGGUAGUGAACCCAACUGGAAUUGCCACUGCAGCUCCUGCCCCUGCCACAUUGCCAGCACAAAAUCUACAAGUACAGGCAGUGACACCGCAGCUGCUUUUAAAUGCCCAAGGUCAGAUCAUUGCCACCUUGGCUAGCACCAUCCAGACAGCAGCCAUGGUUAGGAAAUCAAGCCCCCCGGAAUCUCCUGCCAAGAGCGAGGUCCAGCCAAUUCAGCCCGCCCCAGCUCUCUCACAGCCAACUGUGGUCAUUGCAAGUCCUCCCCCAGCAUCCAAACUAGCUUCCACUCCUGUCCCCAUCAUCUGCUCAGAGACACCAACUGUCAGCCAGCUGGUUUCAAAGCCUCAACCUUCAAAUAGCGGAAGUGAGGAAGAUGGCAUAAACCUGGAGGAGAUCAGAGAGUUUGCCAAGAACUUUAAGAUUCGACGUCUCUCUCUGGGUCUCACCCAAACCCAGGUGGGGCAGGCAUUAACUGCCACUGAAGGACCUGCGUACAGCCAAUCUGCUAUUUGCAGAUUCGAAAAGUUGGACAUCACUCCCAAGAGUGCCCAGAAGCUGAAACCCGUCCUGGAGAAGUGGCUGAGUGAAGCUGAGCUUCGGAAUCAGGAAGGCCAGCAGAACCUGAUGGAGUUUGUGGGCGGGGAGCCUUCCAAGAAGCGGAAACGCCGCACCUCUUUCACCCCGCAGGCCAUUGAGGCCCUCAACGCUUAUUUUGAGAAAAACACCCUCCCCACUGGCCACGAAAUCACCGAGAUCGCCAAGGAGCUCAAUUACGACCGGGAGGUAGUCCGGGUUUGGUUCUGCAACCGGCGACAAACACUCAAAAACACCAGCAAACUCAACGUCUUUCAGAUCCCUUGAGGGCUGGAGCUCAAAGUGAGAAUCUCCCUUUCCCUACCUGGCUGCUGUAAGCACUUUGUGGCUAAGUUUCCCCUGCCCCUGCCACCUGUUUAUAGUGAUGACUGAAGUGAAAGAGGGGAAGUCGGAUCUCCUUGUGUUUUAUUGUGCCCCGGCCUAUUCAACAGCCGCUUCCUUCCUCCCGGAAGUUGCACUAAGCUGUGAAGACUUAGGAGUCCAUUGGCGUUUAGCUUCCUUCUGUGUCAAGACAAAUCAUGGUCGGUUAAAGGGACAAGGUUCUCCUCGUCUAGUUUGUGUGCAUUUUUCUUUUUCUUUUCGAAGGUGGCAUUAGGAUUGCCACCAGCAUAGCACCAGGAACGAUGGGAAAAAAAACCCGUCUUUUAUUUGAGCCACUUUUCAUAGCCACACCUAUCGUUUCCCAUCCAGGAAAUCCUAUCUUAAGCAGAACUGUGGCGUAAUUUAUAUUUCCCUUUCCGUAUGGAUAUGACUAUGACGAGAGAGCACUAUUUAAACCGAAGUUUUUUUUUCAUCCACCAAGAUCUUGAAGUUUAGUAUCCUGGCUCCCUGUUGAUUCUUUUAUUUUAAGACUAAUUUGCCAGCUAAAGUUUCCCUUCCAGAAGAAUGCUGAGAAGAAAGAGGGAGGGAUAUUUUAUGUCUUGGAAAUCUCAUGCCAGCAGAGCAGCACUAAAAGUAACAAGUAGUCCCGGGCCUAGCUUAUUAUAGGGCAGUGAUGGUGAACCUUUUAGAGACCGAGUGCCCAAACUGCAACCCAAAACCCACUUAUGCAUCGUCGGGUGCUGGGUGGGCAUGGCCCAUUGGGUGGGUGUGGCCCAUUGGGUAG